AUGCAGACAUGCGGAUAUGCUUACAGCUGGUGUCUGGAGAAUGACGUUUGGCAGAUGCUGCAAUCAGCAUUGCGAUGCGGUUUUGAAAAACUCACAUCGCCUCUUGUUCCCAGCCUUAUUGUCAAUCAUACACAAACAACCUUUCUUUAUACAUUUUUAAUGACCCCUUUCCUUAUUAUCGCCAAUUCCGAAAUACAUAGCAAUACACAAUCCACAAGCGUUCAAAUGACAAAGAGAGUCCGAUCUGAUCGCCGGCCGUAUGAUAUCCGGCCCGUGUCGCUUAUACGACCCGGCCAAGCCAAGAGCCAAGAUGCUCUGGAUAAUCUCUCUCGGUAUGAAGAAGUCAGUCGUCAAUUUGCACAAGAGUUCCCGCAACUUGCUCGGAGCCUUGAGCAGCACCACUGGAUACCAUGUUUUCUCUCACCGAAUACAGGACGACAAGAAAACAGCACGACUGCUCUAGCGGAUGAUGCAACAGCUGCGGAUUCCUCAGCCUGUCCCAUUCGUGGGAUGGUUGAUGAUUCCGAGUUUGCGACUUCAGCAGGUUACGAUAUUUCGAUGCACAGUGACGAAGACUACUGCGUUGGCGCACUGCCUCUUGCGAUGAUCACAGCGACAUCCUCUCCGUUCGAGCGGUUGGGCAACGCAGACUCUUUCACCCCUCCUGAUUCUGAGGUCGAUUCCGACCCGUCAUAUGAUCCCGAAACAUUAACUUCGCAGCUUCUCUGGCACAAUCAAGUCAAAGAAUCGAGAUACAACUGCGCACAACAGGGCAAGAAUGGAAGGAAGAUGGAGAAGCAGUCCCUCGUCACCCCGCCGGUCGAGCAGAGAGAUUCUAAUGAUUUUGACAACAAAGCUCUAGCUGAAGCUUCUUGUGUAGAUAGAGAUAAGAUGAAUCAAAUUAUAAUGGAUUUGAAUCAGCUGGGGACUCGGUUGCACCAGGAUGCGAGGCGGCAGCUGGAUGUUAUCAAUGGUGAUGCGUGUUUGUGA